AUGAGCAACGACCCCAACUAUCCUUUCUUAAGCAGCCGCCAAGUGCACCACUGUGCUGCCCAACAGCCAUACAAGUCUCGCCGAGGCAAAAUGCCUCGAGCACGCAGCGGUUCCAUCUCGAUCUCGUCGCUCAGUGCAUUGCCGGCGUCUCCAGUGAACCGGUUUGCGCAGUCCAUGGGCCCCGAGCGACCCAAGCCGACGAACGAAGGCGUCUGGACUCGACACACUACGCCAGCGAUGUCCACUCGACGUGGUGACUUCGUCUUCGAUGAUUCGUGGGACUUUUCGUACGCAGCAAAGUCCAACCGACGCAGCGUGUGGCAACGAAUCGCCGAAAAUGUCGACAAGUGCGUCUUCCGCGUCAUGAGCAAGUUCUACAAGUGA